AGUCCGCUCCGCAAUUUCCACCCCUCGAGGCCCGGCCCCGCCCCCUCGUGUCUCACAGGAGCCCUGGUUCCAGCCAACCCCCCGCAGGGGCGCGAGCUGUCGGGAGAGGGGCAGCCGGUAUCCAUGACAUGUCCUCUGGCGGCGGCUCCCUGGGCUUCCUGGCCUGGCUUCUGCUCCUUCAGCCCUGGCCCUGGCAGAACUGGGCGCAGGGCAGGGCAGCGCCACACCUUCCUUCCGCUCUCCUCUCAGAGGAGGGCCGCGAGAACCCCAAAGCGAGCCCGGCCUCAGGACCUGCGGCGGGCCCCCCACCCAAUCUGUUUACGUCCUUCCCAGGUGACUCACUGCUGUGUGGCCGAACCCCUCUGAGAAUCGUGGGAGGAGUGGACGCGGAGGAAGGGAGGUGGCCCUGGCAGGUGAGCGUGAGGGCCAAAGGCAGGCACAUCUGCGGCGGCACCCUGGUCACCACCACGUGGGUGCUGACGGCAGGCCACUGCAUUUCCAGCCACCUCCGUUACAGUGUCAAGAUGGGAGAUCGGAGUGUCUAUAAGGAAAACACAAGUGUGGUGGUCCCUGUCAGAAGAGCUUUUGUCCACCCUAAGUUCUCAACAGUUAUAGCCGUUCAAAAUGACCUUGCCCUUCUCCGGCUCCAUCAUCCUGUGAAUUUUACCUCAAACAUCCAGCCUAUCUGCAUCCCUCAGGAGAAUUUCCAGGUGGAAGCUAGGACCAGGUGCUGGGUGACCGGAUGGGGCAAAACACAAGAAGGCGAGAAAGUUACAUCAGAAAUUCUCCAGGAGGUGGACCAAUACAUCAUGCGCUAUGAGGAAUGUAACAAGAUAAUAAAAAAGGCCUUGUCAUCUACUACGGAUAUAAAAAAAGGGAUGGUCUGUGGCUAUAAAGAACAAGGAAAGGAUUCUUGCCAGGGAGAUUCUGGGGGUCCCUUGGCCUGUGAAUAUGAUAACACAUGGGUACAGGUAGGGAUUGUGAGCUGGGGCAUUGGCUGUGGUCGCCACGGCUUGCCUGGAAUUUAUACAGAAAUUGGUGUCUACAGUAAGUGGCUGAUGGCAGUGGUGGCUCAGGCUACCUGUUCGUAUCCAGCAGUGUUCCUCAUUUUACUCCUGCAUCUGUUGCGGCCCCUGGGCAUCCUGGUGGCCCUGUGAUCACCCCAGCCCACUCCCCUUUUGUUUCUGAGACUUAUACUAGGCCUCCCUUCCAACCUCCCACUCCUUCCCAAUACCCUUUCUGCAAAUCCCAGUUGGAAUCCACGGACCCUCUGGAGAUCCAUACAAUAGAGCAUGGCAGGGAGACUGGGGUCUGGAAAGUGCCCCUGCCUGGUGCUCUGGUCACCUGCCUCAGCCACGCCUGCACCAGGGCCGUGCUCUGGCUGGUGGGAAGGAGGGAGUGAACUGAUUGCAGCUAGAGGGCCAGCCACCCUGCCAGGUGGGCCACGGUGACUCAUCAAUAUCUGGGGGAACAUCUAUCAAAAAAGAGACAUCAUCAACGGUGAAGCAAGCGUUCAAUGUGGUUCUGGUGUCAGGGCUCCCACCUGAGACUCUGUGAAACCAGCCAGCUGGGUGAUUGCUCAGAGAGAGUGAAGGAGGCGUUACCAGGUCCCUGCAGAGGUGUGAGGCCUAGGACUUCCACUCUGGCUCCACUGUCUGGGGCUGGGAGAAGAUCCCCUGCAGCCCAGUGUGGAUCCAUCUGCGAGUGGACAUCCUCUGCCACACCAGCUCUCUUGGGGCAACCCAUUCUUGGCACUCCCUUCCUCAGUGCCCUAGUGGCCACUUUCAGGGACACUGCAAGUUGUAUUGAGUCUGUUGUGGAGUGUGGAGUUUUCAGAAAUCAACUAAAUAAAUAUUCGGAGAGUCUCCCGUGUUCUGCAUGUCUACUGGCCUGGUUAUUGGGGACACUGAAGAGAACUUACCUCACAUUAAACUUAGGAAGAUGUUGAUGAUUCUUUUUAAACUAAAGAGUGAGAGGGGUAGUCUCUGCCUACCCAGUUGUGAGUUGGAUGGAUGGUUUUAGACAGUUGGGUUUUGCUGCCUGUGCUCUCCAUGGCCAUCAGCAUUUCCGCAUGGAGUUUUGUAGCUGAAUUUGCUAGUCAUUGCAUCUGGGAAGGAGGAAGUGAGAGAAACUGGAAGCAAGAGAGGGGUCAGGGCACUACAUCCCAAACGACAUCCUCCAUUUUCUGCCUAUUUCUGCCUCUCCUUCUCCAAACCUUGAGCACCA